AUGACAGUCGCAACGGUUCUUUUAAUCGAGCUUGCAUUGAUUCAUCGUUAUCCAGGGGCCUUCCAUGCUACCGCCAACUGGAUACGCAAAGACAAAGCGGCGACUGUCACGGGACGAGCAGCACUACCUACGUUCGAUCGUAGCGAUAAUUAUCGAGCGUCACAGGCCAUGACGAUUAAUAACGAACGAUUUGGCACGUUGUUCGAACGAUAG